AUGGAAAAUUCAUCUUUUGCAGCCACCUCUGAGUUAACCCUGGAUCCAUUUUUUAUCCCACCUGGAGGAAAGUAUCCCAUAUUCUUCCUUGGUAUUGCGAUUUAUUUUUUUGCUAUCUCCUGCAACCUGACUCUGCUGACUCUGAUCGUUCUGAAGAGGAACCUCCACAAGCCCAUGUACUUCAUCCUGUUCAGUCUUCCUCUCAAUGACCUGAUAGGAAUCACAGCCAUGCUGCCAAAAGUGCUGUCAGACAUUGUCACAGAGACGCACAGGGUUUACUAUCCCCUCUGUGUUUUGCAAGCAUUCCUCCUCCACAUGUACGGAGGGGGGGUGCUCUUCAUUCUUGCAGCCAUGUCCUUUGAUCGAUAUGUUGCCAUCUGCCUGCCGCUACGAUACAGCUCCGUCAUGACCCCGAGAUCGAGGCUUCCCAGGUGCAAAUCUGUUAUCAAGAAUGUGUUCUGUGAUAACCCAUCACUCCUGAAGCUCACCUGUGGAAACACGGCUCUCAAUAACAUCAUAGGACUGUUCAACACUGCCGUCAUGCAGGCAAUCAGCGUGUCUGUCCAGGUGUUCUCUUACGUUAAAAUCCUCAUCGCCUGUCUGAGUCACAGGGGAGGGAUGGAGCUUAACAUGGGCGAGGGCGAGGUGCACCCUGGACAAUUCUCCACUUUGGCGCAGGGCCAACACAUAGUACAGACAACCAUUCACUGUCACAUUCACACCUAG